GUAUGUAUACGUGAUUUUGCAGUUCCGGGCUAUUCGCGGCCUCGGCUGUCAAUCACCGGGUCCUGGUCGGACCCUGCAUUCACUAUAUCCGUUCUCCCAGGACCCUGCAUUCACUAUAUCUGGUCUCCCCAGAUCCUGCAUUCACUAUAUCUGGUCUCCCCGGACCCUGCAUUCACUAUAUCUGGUCUCCCAGGACCCUGCAUUCACUAUAUCUCGUCUCCCCGGACCCUGCAUUCACUAUAUCUGGUCUCCCAGGACCCUGCAUUCACUAGAUCCAAUCUCCCCUGGACCCUGCAUUCACUAUAUGUGGUCUCCCAGGACCCUGCAUUCACUAUAUCUGGUCUCCCCGGACCCCCUGGACCCUGCAUUCACUAUAUCUUGUCUCCACAGACCCUGCAUUCACUAUAUCCGGUCUCCCCAGACCCUGCAUUCACUAUAUCUGGUCUCCCCGGACCCAGCAUUCACUAUAUCCGGUCUCCCAGGACCCUGCAUUCACUAUAUCUGGUCUCCCAGGACCCUACAUUCACUAUAUCUGAUCUCCCACAGUACACAAAAAAUGGAAAUGCAAUUAUUUUAGUAAAUAUAAACUGCUAAAUACUUUUUCUCAUCAGCAGUUAGAGCAGUCUUGUGA